GCACAAAGUCCUGCAGACAACAUGGAUUUCUCGCCAACAAAGCUACACUUAAACCAGAGUCUUUCACCUCAAGAUUGUAACCCACUGCAGCAAUGGGGCUACCCUGAUUCCGAAGGCUACUGUAGCUUGUCUCCAGCUUCAUCCAUUGAUUCUUCUGGGUUUUCACCUCCCUAUCCAUCCUGUGCCUUUGCUAAUGAUGCUUACAGCAGCAUUCAUACAGCUUUUACUCAGAUGGAAAAACUGAAAAGCAAGCCACAAAACAUUUCUACAAAGAAGGACCACAGGAAUCGGAAGGUUUAUGACCGAGUGAGAUACAGUGCCAGCGAGAGGGAGAAGAUGAGAAUGAGAAACGUAUCCUCCGCUCUCCAGAACCUGAGAAGAUACUUGCCUCCAGCCGUCGCCCCAAUUGGCAAAACCCUAACAAAAAUUGAAACACUGCGCCUCACCAUCCGUUAUAUAUCCCAUCUUUCUGAAGUUCUUGGCCUUGAUGAGAAGACCCUGAGCAAGAGAAGAGAGGAAGAGAUGAGAAGGUCCAACAUGUGCCAUAUUGGUCUGUGCUGCUGCCAGGACAGACGUCACAAUGUAUGCUCAGAAGUCAGGCCAAAUUCUUCAGAGCCUGUAAACUCUCCCUAUUUCUCCAGUUCUCCGAGAUUGUUUCCUGAACAGAACAUCUUUGAAGUACAAGAGCAAGAAUUUCAACAGCCAGCCAGAUGGGCCACUGAAGGCAAAGCUUCAGAUCUGAGUGAUCACAUGAAAUCUUUCUCCGCUUGUGCGCUGGCAUCUGAACCUGUUCACAGCAUAGAGACCAAAGAUGACUUCCCCUUAACCUCACCAAUCUCUCCAGACCAGGGGUUUUGUCAGAAUUUCAUUGAUGACAUGUGGGACGAACUGCAAGAGAAAGCUCUGUUGACAUCGUUCCAGCCACCCGAAACAUUUCAGCAUCUUGCAUACUAAUCACGUCCAACUUAUAUUGUACUUAUAUACUUAUUUACUUAUACUGAAUCUUUUCUUGUGCAAAUAUCUAUGCAUUAAUAUAUACAUAUAUAUAUGGUUUAUGGUAUUUAACUGUACAGAGUCUUUUAUGCGUUUGUAACAUAUUAAUUGUAAAUAUGAACUGAAAACACAAAUAUAUUUAUUUAAAAAGUUCUAUUAAUCUAUGUUGAGCUAUAUUUUUUCAUAUUAACUGUCGGUAGACAAUAUUUAUGCCUUUGGAGUAUGUGUAUGUUUGGAUAUACUGUAUAAUACAGCAUCCCAUACCUUUACAGUUCUAGAACUGGUCUCAUUGAUUUCAAUGGUGGCAUUACAGGAGACAAGGAAACCUAUAACCUAAUGCCACACUUGUAGCAACAAGUACCAACUACACAUUUCCAUGUUUGUCACAUGUAUAAUGCAGUUUUUACCCUUGUUCUUUAUAUGAAUAUCCUUCUAUCAUCCUGGAUUCAUAAAUGAUACAUAACACUGUAAAUGAGCGCCAGUAACAACGCAAUCAGCGCAGUUUAAAUUGCAUUUUUAUAUAGAGUUUCUUUCUGUUCUAAGUCUAUUCAAAUACUUUAGAUUUUUUCAUACAUCUAAUUGUAUCCGAACAACUAUAUAUUGUUACAUUACCCUGUAUAUCUGUGAAAGGCUAUGGCAUUAAAUAUACUGUCUUCUGAAAGAAUCUUGGCUUCCUAGUGCUUUCUGUGAAACAAUAGGUAAUGGCUGCAAAUAAAAGGUCCCAAAACA